AUGGGUACAGCUAAGAAGGAAGCUGCUCGCAGAGAGCGGCAGGGCAAGUCAGGAGAUGGAAUGGGCAAUGUAAAGACCAAGGGUGAAAACUUCUACAGAAGUGCUAAGAAGGUCAAGACCCUUAAUAUGUUCAAGGAUGGCAAAGCGCAAAGAAAUGCCCGCGGUGAAAUCACAAAAGCUGCGUCCUAUCAAUCCCGCGAAAUACCGAACGCUAGGAUAGAACCCAACAGAAAAUGGUUUGGAAAUACGAGAGUUAUCUCACAAGAGGCCCUGAGCUCAUUUCGAGAAGCAGUUGCUGAACGUGCUUCUGAUCCUUAUCAAGUUCUGCUCAAAACAAAUAAGCUGCCAAUGAGUUUGAUCCGCGAUGGAUCAAAUACUAAUGGACUUAAGGAGCACAAGGCUAAGAUUGCUGUUGAGUCAGCACCAUUCAGCGACACAUUCGGACCCAGGUCACAGAGAAAGCGUGUCAAACUCAGCGUUGGGACGCUCGAAGAUCUCGCUGACGAGUCAGUCAGGAUGCACAACACCUACUUGGAGCGGUUGGAUCAGGCGAGAUUAUUGAGCGGUAAAUCAGGUGAAACUGCUGAAAAUGACAAUGUAGUUCAUGAUGGGCAACUCACGACUGCAAGAGAGCCUGUUUUCUCUAAAGGUCAGAGUAAGCGGAUCUGGAACGAACUGUACAAGGUCAUCGACUCGUCCGAUGUUGUCAUACACGUGCUUGAUGCGCGAGAUCCGGAGGGCACACGAUGCAGGAGUAUUGAAAAGCACAUCCGUGAGGAAGCACCACACAAGCACCUGAUUUUUGUUCUGAACAAGUGCGAUUUGGUACCAACCGGCGUUGCUGCUGCUUGGGUCCGUGCAUUAUCAAAAGAUCAUCCCACUCUGGCCUUCCACGCUUCCAUCAACAACUCAUUUGGCAAAGGCUCUUUAAUCCAGCUUCUACGCCAAUUUUCAUCUUUACAUUCGGACCGUAAACAAAUAUCGGUAGGAUUCAUUGGAUAUCCCAACACGGGAAAAUCAUCCAUCAUCAAUACCCUUCGAAAGAAGAAGGUCUGCACCGUUGCUCCCAUUCCCGGAGAAACAAAAGUAUGGCAGUACAUCACAUUGAUGAAGAGAAUCUAUCUAAUUGACUGCCCCGGUGUUGUUCCACCGAGCAACAAUGAUACCGAAGAAGACAUCCUCCUACGAGGCGUGGUGCGCGUGGAGAAUGUUGAAAAUCCGGAACAAUAUAUCCCUGGCGUUCUCAAACGUGUUCAACCACGCCAUAUCGAACGGACGUAUGGGAUUAAGAUUUCUAAUGAUGCGAUCGAUUUCUUGAGUAUCCUCGCCAGAAAGGGAGGCAGACUACUCAGAGGUGGCGAACCUGAUCUCGAUGGAGUAGCCAAGAUGGUCAUUAAUGACUUCCUUCGUGGAAAAAUCCCGUGGUAUACGCCACCACCCCAUUCGAACGAUGCAAACGUGGACGAAAAGAUUGAAGGGCGUGAGGGACGCCUUGGUGAGAUGGGCCGCAAACGGAAGCGUGAUGAUUCCGAAGUUGCGCCUUCAACAGGCCCAUCUGGUGAUACGGAGCCGGAGUCGAACGAAUCUAACGUGGACAAUGAAGAGUUCGAAGGAUUUAGCGAAAGUGAUGAGGAUUCAGCUAGCGAAGGAGAUAAUACCACUGAAAGCGGUGCUGCCAAAAUGAUAGAGAGCGAGUAA